AUGUUGAGAGUUGCUGCUGAUGUUAGCAUGGAACAAGAAAACUUGUCUUCUAAAAAUGAGGAUGUUCUCAGCUGGGAUAUUAAUGACAUCAAACUUCCCAAGGAUGUGAAACAGAUAGACUGGUUUCAGGAAUGGCCCGAUUCCUACCUAAAAUACAUCUACAGUGCAGAUGAUAAAAAUGCUCAGAGGCACCUGAGUAGCUGGGCCAUGAGGAACACCAACAAUCACAACUCGCGCAUAUUGAAAAAAUCCUGCCUUGGUGUGGUGGUCUGUGACAGUGAUUGCUCCACUUCGGAUGGAGGGAAGUUGCACCUGAGACCAGCCAUAUGUGACAAAGCCAGGCAGAAACAGCAAAGGAAACCAUGUCCUAAUUGUAAUGGACCUUUGAAAUUGAUUCCAUGUCGAGGCCAUGGUGGAUAUCCUGUAACAAAUUUCUGGAGACAUGAAGGACGGUUCAUAUUUUUUCAGUCAAAGGGAGCUCAUGAUCACCCAAGACCAGAAACCAAACUGGAAGCAGAAGCAAGAAGGUCAAUACAAAAAGCAUAUAUUUCAACUUCUCCAAGACUGAAGAGGAACAGAGAGAUGGAGUCCCUAACAGGAGAGAUGCAAAGUGAUGAUACUUUAUUGUUAAUUGUUCCCAAACAUGAAGAGCGAAUAGCACACAGUAGCUUCAGUGGAUACUUCAGAGAGAAUCCAUCUCAAGAGCUAAAUAAUUGCUUGACUUUCACCAAAGGCUUCAGUUCUACAAAGUUGCCCUAUGUAUUAGAGCACACUCAAGAUAUGGACUAUAGCAAAUACUUGGACAAGUACAAGCCAGUUGGAAGCAGUGAAUAUGAUGGUGGAGAGCCAGUGGAAUUGAUGGCUGCUCUCAAACAGUACAGCUAA